AUGGCAGCCGAGGAGAGCAAUGUCACCUAUGAGCAGCUCGCUGACAUUGAGCGCGAAUUCGAGGAUGUAGAACUCGAGAUCACCCGUCAGCAAGCCGUCUUGACCAAGGCUCUGUACGAGAAGAGACAAAAGACCGUGGCCGAGAUUGACAACUUCUGGCCGCUGGUGUUUGAGCAGGCGCCUCAGGAGGUUGACGCCUACAUUCAGCCCUCGGACUCUGCUGUGCUCUCGGCCGCCCUCAAGUCCAUUUACGUCUCGCGCUUCGAGGUCGAGGACGGCAGCAAGGGCGACCCCCGCAGCCUCUCCAUCAAGUUUGAGUUUGACGACAAUGAGUACUUUGAGGACAAGGUGCUCGAGAAGAAGUUCUACCACCGCCAGUCCAAGGACGGCAACUUUGCGGGCCUGGUCAGCGAGCCCGUUGCCAUCAAGUGGAAGGCCGGCAAGGAUCUGACCGACGGCAUGCUCGACAUGGUCGUCUCCGUGUACGAGCAGGAGAAGAAGAGCGGCCAGACCGGAAUCCCCAAGAUUAAGAACUUCACCGCAGAGCAAAAGGCCCUGCAGGAGAAGAUCCAGGGAACCGGCAUGGGUGCAGUAAGCUUCUUUGCCUUCUUUGGCUACCGAGGCUACCCCGUCACCGAGGAGGAGAACAAGGAGUCCAUUGCCAAGGAGCAAGAACAGCGCCGCCUCCGCGCCGAGGGCAAGAGCACUGGUGACGAGGACGAGGCUCCCGAGCUCGUGGAUGCCGACGAAGACGACGAGGAGAUCCUCGAGAUCUUCCCCGAUGGCGAGGAGCUCGCUGUUGCCAUUGCCGAGGACCUCUGGCCCAGCGCCAUCAAAUACUUCACCAAUGCUCAGGAACAAGACGGCCUUAGUGAGAUGGACUUUGAGGAGCUUGAUGAGGAUGAGCUUGACGAGGAGGAAGAGGAGGAUGAUGAGCAGCCUCCUGCAAAGAAGGUCAAGGCUUAA